UUCCGGGAAAGUCCAGGAAGAUAAUGACCUACUUAACCCCCUCAUAAUCACCAACUCGUACCCCAAAAAAACCCUUCCGAGCUGAAGCCCUUUUGUCCACUAGAAAUGAACAACAACUCCACCCAACUAAGCAAUGGUCAUGGCCACCAAAUUUCCAAGCCCAACAAAAAAAGCAAAACCAAGAAGCAGGGGAUCAAAGUGGUUUACAUCUCCAACCCAAUGAAGGUGAGGACGAGUGCCUCAGAAUUCAGGGCUCUGGUUCAAGAGCUCACUGGCCAAGACUCUGAGCUCCCGGACCCAGCUAGGUUUUUGGAGCACUCAUCUGCAGAAGACAACAAUUCCACGGCCCAGGUUGGUGGACAUCAUCAUCAUGAUGCAUUGGAUCUAGUGGUGGCUGAUGCUGCUUCUCCUCCUGCUCAAGAGCAGCCUGCUGAGAGUUCAAGCUCAAAUGUGAACACCCAAUAUCCUGAUGAUGAGCUUUAUGAUGAUCUUUUUGUGCCUGAAAUGAUGGAUAGCUUUGGGGGGUUUUUGCCCUCCAGUGUCUUGUAUGGAUCCUCUUAACUGCUCCUUUAGCUUGAUGUUGAUGUGUGUGCUUCAAAAUUAAGCCACCCAUAUGCAAUGUAAUUUGGUAAGUUUUUCUUUUUCUUUUUCUUUUUCUUUUAAUGGAUUUACUAAGCUUAUUUAUAACUCUUGUGCUGUUUGUUUUGUUGAAUCUUAA